AUGUUGAAGAUCGGCAUCGUCACCACGAUGCAGAUGGUCAGGAAGGCGACCCUCUGCGCCAGCACAGUGUUCAGCCGGCCGCUGAUCGCGUGGGCCACCUUCACCUUCUCGUGGUCAUCCCGUACGUACAUGAAGGGCAUGAACCGAAGGAUCUUUAGCACCCGCGUCAGACGCCCCGCGCGUGCACCGAGCCUGGCCGCCCGCGCGGCUCGGACGAGGAUGACGUUGUCCUCCGCGCUCCUCUCGCGAACCUGCUCGGGGCUGGUGGCGUCGGCCCCGAGCAGGUACGAGAUAUCGAACAGCAUCGAGGCCGUGCCGAUGAGGUCCAUCCAAAAGAAGAAGCCCCCAGGGUACCCCCUCUCUGAGAGCGUCAGCCCCACGAACUCGUAG